CAAGAAAUUAGGUAUUCUUCUAGAUCCUCUCUCCGUUUCGUUCGUAGUCAGCUGAUGAUCUUGUUUCUUUCCGAUAAAAGAAUCACAGCUGACCCAAAGGCAUUCGCGAUUGGCGUCCGUCAACAUGCAAAAUUCAAUGCGACCCACUCGGAAUUUUCGUACCUGGGUCGGUGGUGGCCCGCUAAUAAUUUCACACAAGAACGAUGUCUGAGAAUGUAACUGCUAAGGAUCUUCCUCAGAAUUUUUCUGAAGCUCCUGCUGAACGUGGUCAUAAGGCAGAAUCAGUAUCGUCAUCAAGUUCAGUGCCUGGUCGGGACAAGCGGAUAUUUGGACGAAAAAAGUCCGUUCACCAUCUUCUCGGGGGCGGAAAAUCUGCUGAUGUGCUGCUAUGGAAGAACAAGAAAAUCUCAGCUAGUGUUUUGACUAGUGCAACUAUUAUUUGGAUACUGUUUGAAUGGCUUAGUUACCACUUCUUGACUAUUGUUUGCUUUGCUCUGGUUCUUGGUAUGUUGUUUCAGUUUAUAUGGACAAAUACCUCAGGAUUUCUGGACAGAACAUCGUCUAAUGUUCCUCACCUCGAUCUUCCUGAGGAACUAUUUGUCGAAAUUGCUGUCUCAUUUGGUGCCGAGGCUAACCGAGCUCUUCAUUUUCUCCAAGAUAUUGCUUGUAAUGGAGAUUUGAAACAAUUCCUUGGGGCUGUAGUAAGCUUGUGGGCUGGUGCUGUGAUUAGUAGCUGGUCCAAUUUCAUUACUGUCUUGUAUGUUGGUUUCGUUGCAGCCCAUACGCUUCCAAUUCUGUACGAGAAAUACGAAGAUGAAGUCGACACCUUCGCAUUCAACGUCUUUGACCAGCUUUGUGGUCACUUCCAGAAGUUGGAUUCCAAUGUCCUUAGCAAGAUCCCCAGAGGAGGACCAUUACCAGAAAAGAAGCAUGAAUAGAUCAUUUUCAACUCAGCAAUGCCUAAACCAUCUCUAGUUUUUGCAAGUAUUUGGCUGUGUAUGAUAGAAACGAACCUUUUAAGUUUAUGUUUGCCUGUCUGCUGCUGAACUAGGAACCAUCGUUGACUGAUCUUUGCAGCCAUUGGCUUCAUUAUUAUAAGUGCUUGACUCAAGCAUAUGGACUGUUUUUUGAAUUAAAGCCUUGCCCCAAGUAA